AUGGCGCGCGUCACUACUUUCUCCAUCUUUCUCUUACUAGUCUCAGCCGUUGCCCCCAUUACUUUCCUGGGAUCAAAACCUCUAAUCGGGUCGGCUGGUGUCAAACCAAGCAAAGACCCGUUCUAUGAAUUGCCACAGUGGCUUGAUCGACAUGAGCCCGGGACCGUUCUAAGGCACCGAAGAACCCCAUCAUCCAUCAGUGCCUUUGGCAUUCCUCACGAAAAUCUACAGACCGCUCACCAGAUUCUCUACCGAACCACUGAUAAUCGGGGCAAAGCGACCGCUACCGUCCUUACUGUGCUGAUUCCCCAUAAUGCCGACUAUACAAAGGUUCUGUCUUUCCAGGCAGCCGAGAACGCCGCGACAAUCGAUUGCGCACCCUCCUUCGGGUUCCAGGUCCAGUCGACUAAGGACCCGCUCCUAAAUUCCAAUACCACACAAGGGCAGCUGCUCUUUAUCGGGGCUGCUCUUGCUCAAGGCUGGGUGGCUAUAUCGCCAGACUAUCUAGGCCCAAAAGGUUCUUUCGGAGCUGUCAAACUAGGUGCUUACGCGACGCUCGACGGUAUUCGCGCCGCUAUCAAUUCGGCAUCUUUUACCGGCAUCAGCAACAAGCCCAACAUUGCUAUGUGGGGAUAUUCAGCCGGUGGCUUUGUUACCUUUGGGGCAACCUUGAUACGGUCUGCUUACGCCCCCGAGCUAGAAAUAGAUGGCGCAGCAGUGGGUGGUAUAGGUAGUAUGACUACCUUUAGGGACUUAGACGUGAUUUCCACGCUUAACAAGCAACCAACAGCCUUUUUCAUUGCACUCGCGGUCUUAGGUCUGGCAUCACAGUAUCCUAGCCUGGGGAGAGCGAUUGACGAGCAUCUCAAACCCCAAAAUCGAGAAAAGUUUUACCAGCCUCUCCAUCAGUGUUUAGAGGCAAUCAAGGCGGAUUUUAAGCUGCUCGACGUGCUGGAUAUGUUCGAUGAUCCAAAUUUUCUCGCAAAGAUCCCCUCUAUACUCAGCGAAAUUGCACGCGAUAAUACUUUUCCGGAUGUUAUUCCUGGAAUUCCGCUCUUUUGGUACCAAUACGCUUUAGACGACCUCAUUCCUAGCGCACAAGCAGAUGCUUUAGUAAGGGACUAUUGUAGUAAAGGUGCAACUAUUGAGUAUCAUGUACAAAAUGGGCCAGGACUUGAUCAUACGCAAUACGGUAUUAUUGGAGCACCUGAAGCUCUCGACUGGCUAAAAUUGUAA